AUGCCGUCAAUUAGCUCGUCUCAGCCGCACCUCAACGAAUCUAUACGGGAAGUCGAUGAAUACUCCUGGCUAAUCUCAAAUAUCUUUCUCCUUACUCGUUCGUCGUCGCCACCCCCCGAAGAAGUUCCAACCGACCAGGUGUGCUGGAGCGACAGCAAUGGGGGCCAUUUCACCCUCGACGUUGUGUCUGAGCCUCUCCCGGAUUCCAAGCCCCUUGCAGAAGACCCAUCUUCUAUCUCGAUAGUCCACGCAGUUGACAAUCAGGCAGCCGUUUGGCGGGCGGGCGAAGCGUUCAUUAAAGCGCAUCACAUCGACUAUCCGGACGUGACCAGAGAGCAUGUUACUCUACAGUUUCUCAAAGACCAGAAGCCCCAAGGUUUUGUCUUUCCGACUGUAUUCCAUCACUUUGAGACAAACUCGCGAUACUUCCUUAUCGUUUCGAGAAUUCCCGGCCAACUUCUUGAUGAGGCUUGGCCCAGCCUGGACGAAGCUGAACGUCAGUAUUACAUCGCCCAGGUGGCAGAGAUUUGCAAUCGCCUAGCAGCAUGGAAGGGCGAUAUCAUCGGCGGCGUGGAUAGACGCCAGUUGUUGGAGCGUUAUCUCGUCAAAGGCAACAGCAAGAUGACGGAUGCCCUUUCUCCACAGCAGCUUCUGAAGAACUGCACUGAGAUUUCUAUGGACAUCUCCACACUUGUCUUUUAUCACUGUGAUCUUGGCCCUACCAAUAUUCUUGUCGAUGCCUCGACAGGCUCGCUGGGCAUCAUCGAUUGGGAGCUUGCUGGCUAUGUUCCCAUCGAAUGGGUUAGAACCAAGUUUCGCCUCUCGGCAGGAAUGGAUUUUACUCAUGGGGAUGAAGACUCUAGAAGGGAUUGGCGCCGUAGAGUCGCCCAGCAUCUGGAAAAGAUAGGUUACGACGAUGCUGUGGAUGCAUGGCGGAAGUUUCAGAACAGCAAGUAG